UGCUCGGUUUGUUUUCAGACAUAUUUUGUCCUACAGUCAGCGCCGUAUAUCUGUCUGUCACAUGACCAGCAGCGUUUCCUGUUACUAUUGUAUUACACUUCCAUGUUUUCCAGCUCAAACUGCUGCUGUCAUGUAAACUCCAGCGGGCUGAAAAACACAGUGACCGCUGCGUGACUCUCCCCCCGCACAGAAAGUCAGACCGACGCCCCCGCCGGGUCGACCACAGCCGGACUCGAGGCGCUUUAGAUCCCGGGAGCUGGAUGCAAGAUGGCCAACUGUGUGGCUUUCCAGAGCAAGUUAACCUCGAUCAUGGAGAUGCUGGCCAAGGCUGCCGUGGUGGAGAUCAGCAAGCUGUGGGAGGACGGCUUCACGCUCGUACAGGCCGAGCUGCGCCGCAGGGAGACGGAGAUCGAGGCGCUGAAUAGGAAGCUGAUGCUGAUGGAAAGCGAGCGCGUAAAGGGCAUGUCUUCAUCAUCUUCCUCCAAGAGGGAGCCGCAGAGCAAGCUGCUGCCCUCCGCCGGUGAUGGCCCGAUAAUAGACUCAGUCCAGACUUUGUCUUCUGACCAGAGCAUGAGAGAGAAGGCGGACACCUCGGCCAGUCACAGAACACCACCACCACCUCCACCUCCUCCUCCGCAGACGGAGGAGAAACAGUGCGAGCAGCUCAAGUACGACCACUGUGAAAGUGACGGCAGAGACGACGACGACGACGACGAUCUGAUAGUGAAGCUGGAAGACGAGGACGACGUCCAGAUUGUGGAGCAGAUCGUGGACUCCGAUCACAGCGUUAACGAUGGAGCAGGUCACCAUGAGAUGGAGCUGAACCAACUCCAACCUGCCGAGGCGAUGGAGGAACAAGAGAGCCAGCACUGGUCGUCGGUUUCAGUUGGAGACAGCGACACCGCCGACGACUCGGACUGCUUCUUCGAACCGAAGCAGCCGUCACAAAACCUGGACUCGGAAAUCCUGCUCAUUCAGAACGCUUUGGACUUUUUCGAUAACACGGCAGAGACGGCGUACUCGGACAGGUUCAUGAGGGAUAACGGACAAGGUGCGUCAAGCAAAUCAAGGGCUCCUGUGACUUUUAGCCACGCUCAGCCAAGUCAGCCUUUAGAAGCAAUAAACCCACCAGAGAGAGGAGUGUCCAUCAGAUUCCUCACGGAGAAACAACCACAGACUAAAAACGCGUCCGAUUUCAACCCGGACAGCAGAUUCUUUCUCUUGAACGACCCCGAGUUGCACAAAACCAUAGCGAGCCGCCGCAUAAAGGAGAAAUGGUUCAUCUGCCCGUUCUGCGGCAAGAGCUUCGAUCGCGUCAGCCACCUGGAGAUCCACCAGCGGAUCCACACGGGGGAGAAACCGUACACGUGCGACACGUGCGGCAAGUGUUUUUCUCAGAGGAGUAACCUUCGCACUCACCAGCGGACUCACAAAGAGGCUCUAACCCAAAAUGCUGUUUGAUUCAAUAGAUUUUUUGAAGAGUGAGGAAAAAGUUAGAAAUAUCUAUCUGACGUCUAGAUUCAUUAACAAAUUCUCUUUGUAUUUUGAUAUUUUCUGAAAAGUGUGUAUGUAGCCGACUGAUUUUACUGUGCACUCCUGUUGGGUUUUUUUUUUUGGAUAUUAUAACUUUGACAUAGCUUUGAUUGUAAGGACUAAUUUUGGUACUUGUGUACUGUUUGUAACUCCAGCCAGUGAAGAGAUUUUUAUGUAGGGACUUCCAGCUGAAUAUUGACUUCUACAGGUUACAUAUACACACACGUGUUGGUGUUUUUUAAUAUUUGGCUGGUUGAUGUGAGUCACUGUGGAUCAGAAAGGGUUGGAGAGCAAACCUCUGGCGUGUGAUCCUCGGAUAUCUCUCAGCGUUACCAUUACCCCAUCCAUCGUCCAUGAUCGAGCAGAGCAUCUAAACACAUUUAAAACAUGCAUUUCCUCGACCUGAUGGGAAGACGACCACAACACUUAAGAGGAGAAGGAGCCUGAACGCACACUAAAAUAUGGCAUAACGCAACAGUAGGUCAUGACUCACAAUGACCUGAUGACCUAGUUGUUGCGUUGUCUUGGUAACGCUCUUCCUUUUGUAAAGGAAAGUCACGUACAUCUAAAGUUAAACAGGAAACAACGCUGAGCACUGUAAUAAUUCAAACUUGCGUCAUUGAGGUAGUUUGGUAACAUCAGAAGAAAAUAAACUUCUUGCAACACUCGUAUCUUUUUCGGUAACUCACUCUAGGGCUUUUCCUAGAGUGAGUCACACCCGAGGUGCUGCAUGGCAUGCUGGGAGAUGUAGGUCUUCUCAAAGGUGCAGAAGUUACAAGAUACUACUCGUUAUCUGUUCGGUAGAUAUGAAGCUGACGCUAACUGGCUGCUGGCUGGCUUCUUAUCUCACUGAAAAGGCAAAAAAAGAAAUAAUAAAAGGUGGGUGAGAGUUUCCCAGAUUUAAUAUAGAGAAUCUCUGAGAUUACUGAACUCGUCACACAGAGUGAGACCAGCCACCCUGUGAUAAUGUGCUUUUUUUUUCUUAAGUAAACCAGGAAAUCACUACAGCCCGACACAAUGUUACAUUACUGCUGCAGCUGUGAUUAAUGACGCCCUUUAACCUCACGCGGGAGCUGAACCAAGCUUAAAUGUCCCAGGUUAUUAUAAUAAUAACAAUGAUAAUAAUAAAGAACAGUGACUUUGUUUUUAUGCUGUACUUUUAUGAAUAAACAUUUUAACAUUUUA